UAUAUGGGGUGCAAAUUGUAUAUGGUUCCAGGCUUGCAAACCAAUCCUCCAGUAAGGAAUCGUUGGAAAAAAGUAAUGGGUAUUGCUUCAAAGGUAACCGAAUCUCACUCGUUUCCUCCCCUUCUCAUACUUACAUUGCAUCUCUCUCUCUCAUCAAUAUAUAUGUAUAAAUAAUUAUAUAUUAUAUCAAUCAUUAUACAUGACAUGUCUAUAAAUAUAUAUAUAACUUCUAAUGUUGGAAAACACCCAAAGCUGGCAAAAAACCAAAUAACCUAAAAUAAUUUACGGUUAUUCAUCACUAGUACUAUUCACGAGGGCGGCUUUUUAUAUAUUAGACAAUACAACUCUCUUUCUCUCUCUCUUUUUCCUUACUUAAAACCAACAUUACCACUCUUCUUUUUUCCUUCCAUAAUUCCUCCAACACAAUUUAAUUUCCCUUUUCCCAUAUCCAAAUUUUCCCUCGAAUUAUACAUACAUGACCAACAUGGAAGCUCAAGAGGAAUUAAUAGUUCAUAACAAGGAUCAUGAUCAUGAUUUGACUAUGAUGAAACAAAAUAUGACGAUGAUGAUGAUCAAAGGGAAGCGCACCAAGCGUCCAAGGGCACCAUCAUCAAACUUAUUCACCAACAUGGCUUCCAGCUCUUCUAGUACCGGUGGCAGCGGCGGUGGCAGUGGCGGUGGGGGCGGUUUCUCUUUAGCUUCUCCAACUACUUCUUCAACCGAAUUAACCGAAACUAUUAUUAAGACUACUGAGGAGGAAGAGGAUAUGGCUAACUGUUUGAUUCUUUUGGCUCAAGGGGGUCUUCAUAACGGGGGCCUGAGCUCACCCGAAAAUGAAUUUCAAGCGGCGGAGAAGAUGGCGGCGUGUGGUAGUACUAAUACGACUAGUAUUUAUCAAUGCAAGACAUGCAACAGAUGUUUUCAGUCGUUUCAAGCUUUGGGAGGGCAUAGAGCGAGUCACAAGAAACCUAAAACGACAGCUAAUAAUAAUAUGAAUAUUAUUAAUGCUGAUCAUCAAGUAAAAGAGAAUAAUAAUAAGCAAACGUUGUCGUUUCAAGUGGGCGUAAUGGACGAUCAUGAUCAUCAUCAACAAUUGAUCAUCAACGGUAAUAGUACAAGUACAGCUCUUUCCUUACAAAUAUCAAACAGUAACAACAACGUCAAGAUGAAUAGUAAGGUUCCUAAGGUUCACGAGUGUUCGAUUUGUGGUGCUGAGUUUAAUUCUGGACAAGCUUUGGGUGGACACAUGAGGAGGCAUAGAACGACACCGUUUAACAACAAUGCACAAACGACGUCGUUUACGAGUAGUACUACGACUACUGCUACUCACGAUCAUGAUCACGAAAAAUUAAAGAAUAAUAAUACAACUACGACAAUGGCGAUGGUGAUGAAGAAAAAGCCAAGACAUGUUCUGGAGUUGGAUCUUAAUCUACCGGCGCCGGAUGAAGAUCACCGCCGUGAAACUAAAUUUCCGUUCAACGCUGCAGCCAAAGAACAAGUCAUCGUCUUCUCAGCCUCUCCUCUUGUGGAUUGCCAUUACUAAUUCAUUAAUUAAGGGUCUAUACAAAUUACUAUAUUCAUUUUCUUUUUCUUUUUUUUUUUUUUUAUAAUUUACGAGAUUCAUUAUUCAUUAUUGGUGGGGUUUUCUCGCACAGUAUACCCCACAAAAAAAAAAAGUGAAGUAAUAUCAAUUACUCAUGACUUCAUUUUUACACAUUAUUAAUUAAUUGUUCAUUCUGUCUCUGUACUCAAAAAAUAUCUUAUUGAUGAUGUUAAGCAUCAUGAUCAAUCAUAGUAAUUAAUUGAUUGAGAUUGAUUCUUCUAACUGUAUACACUACACUUCUCUCUGUUAUAGUAAA